CAGUUUUCGUUGUAUAUUUUCAAAUUUUAACGGUUGAGUCGGCUGUUGGCGUUUCCCUUUAAAAGCACGCUAGACGGUUUCACUUGUGCUUGGCCUAACGCUGUGCUGCCUAAAAAAGGCAUUUUAAACAAAGUGACUGAAUGAUAUUGAGGAAAUAAAGCGAUUACAAAAAAGCGCAACCUCGAAAAACGUGACAAAUGUGCGCGUCCUUGGCGCCAUAAAUUCUUUUUACCCUCAAGGAGCAUCUUUUGCUGAUAUAAAUUAAUUUUAGUGAAUUAGACUAGAAGCGUUGAACGUUAAUCGAUGCAAACAUGUCACACUUAAAAUAUAUGAAGGAAUUAAACAAUUUAACAAGGAUGGAUGAAGCAAUAAAGGGUCCUGUGCCUAGAUGGCAAAAGAAAUGUUUGGAGACUUCAAAUUCAAGUGGAAAUAUUAGUUUAAACAAUUCCAGAAAAGCUAUGAGUACAUCCAUGGCAAGCAACAGUAACACAAGCACGGGGAAGACUCCAAAAAAAGGAGUAGAAAAUCAAAACCGUGGUACAAAAGCAAAAACACCAUCAAAAGGGUCUAAAAAAUCUCCAAGCCGCUCAACAACUCCAGCAAAAACUCCUUGUGGAGGAGACAGGUUUAUUCCAGCGAGAUCUACAACUAAUUUUGAACUAGGCUAUUACAAGCAAAGCACUGACCAGGAGAGCAACAAAUCUGAAUGCUCUAGUCCUUCCAAACGUGAGAUGCAACGUUUGAUUGGAGAGAAUUUGCAUGGUGGAGAUGUAAAUAAUAUGAGAGUAUUGUCCUAUCAAAAUAAAGCUCCUGCUCCUCCAGAAGGAUAUCAAAAUCCAUUGCGAGUAGUUUACAGUCAAACCAAGACUCCAGCUAGUGUGAAGUCUUCAUCAAGAUACAUUCCACAAGCACCUGAUCGUAUAUUAGAUGCCCCAGAGAUAGUCGACGAUUAUUAUUUAAAUUUGGUUGACUGGUCAUCGAGUAAUAUAUUAGCUGUAGCUUUAGGAGCUAAUGUUUAUUUAUGGAAUGCUGGAACUGGCACCAUUGAACAACUUUUUGAAUUGGAAGGCAAUGAUUACGUUUGUUCAGUUGCUUGGAUCCAAGAAGGGCUAUAUCUUGCCGUAGGGACAACUGUAGGUAAUACAGAAUUAUGGGAUUGUGGUCAGAUGAAAAGAGUGCGCGUAAUGAGUGGACAUUCAGCAAGAGUUGGAUCACUUUCUUGGAAUUCUCAUAUUAUAUCCAGUGGUUGCAGAGCUGGUCAAAUUGUGCACCAUGAUGUUAGACAACGUGAACAUCUUGUAGCAACAAUGAAUGCACAUGCUCAAGAAGUUUGUGGCUUAAAAUGGUCAUUAGAUGGAAAGUACCUAGCUAGUGGAGGAAAUGACAACAUGCUACAGAUUUGGCCAUGCAUGGCUGGACAAAAUUAUUCACAUGUACAACCUAUUUAUUCUCUCAAUCAGCAUCAAGCUGCUGUGAAAGCACUUGCCUGGUGUCCAUGGCAAAAUCAUGUCUUGGCAAGUGGUGGAGGUACAGCCGAUAGAACUAUUAGAUUUUGGAAUUGUAACACAGGUGCUUGUCUCAAUACAAUAGAUACUAAAUCUCAAGUUUGUUCCCUGCUCUGGUCUACCACUUACAAAGAAAUAGUCUCUGGACAUGGCUAUGCCCAAAAUCAACUAACAAUCUGGAAAUACCCAGCUAUGAGCAAAGUAGCUGAACUCACAGGACAUACGAAUCGCGUCUUACAUCUUGCCAUGUCGCCUGAUGGAACCACUGUUCUUAGCGCCGGAGCCGACGAGACAUUGAGACUAUGGAAAUGCUUCCAGCCAGAUCCACACAAGAAGAAAGAAACAACUGAAGUAAAAUCUGUUGCUUCACGCUUGAAACAAUCCAUUAGAUAAGACUGAAUUUUAGAAAAUUAACUUUUAAAUCGAAUUGUUUUGUAUACUAAGUGAUUCUUUUUUUACUUGCACUCUGUGAGUUGUAAUAUAUUUUCUUCUUGAGAAUGAAGACUUAUAAUUGUGACGAGUAAUCUGUGUUAUAAUGUAGUAGCCAAGAACAAUUUUACUAGUGUAUUAUUUAACAGCAAGUAAUAAAUUUUUACAUUCAUAUUUUUAUAAAA